AUGAAUGAAAGGAGUGAAUCAAUAAAUAAUGUCAAUAGCAACAAUUAUGAUGAAAGUAAUGAUGGGAGUAAUUGUGGUGAUAAUAACAAUAAAAAUCAUGUAAAAGAUUCUUCUAAAAAAAAAAACUUAGGUUAUUUGCAUAAAUGUUCAUUUGCGGGCUGUGAAAGAACUUUUAAAAAACCAUCUCGAUUGACUUGGCAUUAUCGUCAACAUACAGGAGAAAGACCUUACAAAUGCAAUUUCAUAUACUGUGGUAAAACCUAUGUAAGCACCUCUCAUCUAAGACGUCACCUAAAAUCUCAUGUGCCUAAUCAUGAGGGUAUUGAUACCAUAGUGUUGUAUCGAUGUGGCACUUGUCAAUCGACGUUUAAAGCUCAAACCAAUUUGAGAAAACAUUAUCAGCGUUUUCAUGAAAUAGAACGACUGUUCUGUGAAGAAUGUGAACGUUUUUUUCGUCGUAAGAAAAAGUAUAUGGAGCAUUUGGCAAGAUAUCAUAAUGGUGAGUUAUUCAAAUGUGAUUACUGUAAGCAUGAAUUCAAGGAAUUUGCCAAACUGAAGACACAUAUGAAGACACAUGAUACCAAGUAUAAAUGCACUAAAGAGAAUUGUGAUGUUAUUUGCGAUACUUACUUCGAAUUACGAAGACAUUCCGCAACGCACCCAAAAGAGUACAAAUGUGACAAAUGUAUGAAGAUGCUGUCUACUUCUAAUCUGUUAAAAAGGCAUUUAGCAACCCAUGAAGACAAACUUAAAAUUUGCCCAUAUAAUAACUGUGAUAAAAAAUAUCAUCACACAAAUCAGUUGAAAAGUCAUAUUAGAAUUAAACAUGAAAAAAGGGUAUUUCAAUGUGAUUUGUGUAAAAAAGAGUUUGCAUAUAAAGUUACACUGGUAAAACAUAUCUCCCUAACGCACUCAAAUGAAAAAUCAAAAAUUUUUGAAAAAGAUGAUAAAGGAAAAAUAAAAUGUACUGAUAAAAACACACAAAAUAUGCUGCCAGCGUCGACUGAACUUUUCUCCUCGGAAGAUGAUAAAUCUAGUAUUAAUUUAUUGGAAAUAAAUUUUGAAUUUGUCAAAGUAGAAGAGAUAUAA